CCUCCAAACUGUUGUGCGGCUGGUUUGUUGUGGCUGAAUUUAAGAAAUAAUAAAACAUGUAAGUGUUUGGGAAGUUACUUUUGGAACUUAUCUUCACCUCGGAACGGGUCUGCACCAGUUUACGAAGACAAAAGUCGAGUUGGAGAGGAACCGUGGCCUCUCGGCCCCUCUUUUGGAGUGAAUACAUUACAGAUGGUCCUCACCUGAACUAAAAUCAAGCCACAUUUGGCUGUCCCCCUGCUCCAUUCAAAACCAUGGCUGACAGUUUUUACAAGCUGGAAGAUGAAGCCUUUCCCAGUUUCCUCUGCAAGUCUCUGGACAGCACCAGUGGCCGUGCCACACUGGGGAAUGUGACAUUGGGUUCAGGCCCGGGACUUCCAGUGGCUGCCUCUACUGUGGCUAAAAUUAAACCUGGGACUGACAACAGAGGAGACCCUGUUGAGGCGUCCUAUCUGGAGGGCAGAGAGCUACAGCAGGCAAACACACAGUCAUCUGCUAGAGAACAGCCCAACUUUGCCCUCAGCUUCAAAGAUGACUUGGACAAUGCGGAUGACUUUAUCGCAGCCCACCGCCUUUCAGACAUGCUGGUGAAGAUUAAUUUGGAUGAAAGCGCAUCUCAAAACCAAGGCUACGUGCCGGGGCUUCCUUCAACACAGAUGUGCUCAGUCAAUGGCCGGCCCACAGAACUUGGAACAGAGCUGUCAACAGGGCUUCUGACAUUUGCCCAGUUUGGACAUAAAGAUAGUACAGAUGCAAAGGUUCAGCCCCUACCAGUUACAGCUGAGGAGGACAGUGUGCAGAGUGAGGGAGUGGACAGUGACCAUUUCAGCGGCAGUAACUCCAGCUUCCUGGCAAACGAGAAGCUCAUGUCAGUGGACAGCAUGAACAGCGAUAUCACAGAUGAUGACAUUGAUUCGAACAACCUGCCUGAUGAUGAGUUGGAGCUGUAUUUCAAUAAGCUGGUGCCUCCUGCCAUGCAGAGAGGCAGAGUGGAGGGCCAGGAGAUCCCUGCUACGGGACUGCAAGGUGCUGCUGACAACAUAUCAAACACAAGUUCUACAGAUCUGGAACAGUAUAGACACCAGUUCCUUGAUGAGUACAAUCAGGAGGACUUCCGGAUGCCUGAUGUGCGUCUUGCUGCUACAGGUAUGGACUCCUGUCCUGCCAGUGAUGAAGACACAGAGGAUGAGCUGGAGUCUGCUAGAAGGAACAGCAGUGCUACCAGGACACGGCUGCUGCCCAGCACCUCCAGACAACUGGUUGGAGAGAGUAAUCGUCCCAGUUUUAGGCCGGGCUUAGAGGGAGGCAGUUCUGAUGAUGAGGCUUCCAGCAACCGCGGCGGUCCAUCUCUGUCUGGGAUUGAACACAGACGAUCUGCUGAAGGACAAGUCAUUAACCCUCCAGUCACAGGGGAUGGAGGAGGUGGAGAUGGGAGCAGUGGAAGUGAGGAAAGUGGAAAUGACGGAGGAGUCUCGACCAUCCCUUUACCAACGACUGGCGUCCAGACCACCUAUGAUGUCCUGCGUGGGCUGGGGAUUGUGGGGAGCAGUGCUGUUGGUGAGGAUGAAGAUGGUGAUCUGGAUCUGCCAGCACAUGGCAGGAAAAGUCUUUCCAGACAUACUGAGAUGGGCGACCGUGUGGGUCCUGUAGGAACAGGAGAAGCCAGCUCUUCUUUUGGAGCAUCAGGGGCGACUCAAAGACUUUCUCCCAUCAACUGGAGCAUGGUCCUGGACCGACAGGAAGCACUGGAUGCCAUGGAGAGCACAGAGUCUGGGCCCACUGUUGACCGACUGUUGGACUCAGUCUACCUGAGAAGUGGAGCUGGACUCAGAAGACCUCAGGAAUCGGCAAACCCAAAUUUCUCCCACCUUCAAGGCACCCAGGGGAGCUUCCACCUCUCCCAGGUGCUGCUACCAGAAUGUGGUGACAAUGACGAGGAUGAUGAUGAUGAUGAGGAUGAUGGAAUAGAUGUGCCUGAUGGUGCCAGACCUACCUUGGGCUUAAGGGGAGGGCCUUGUGGUGAAUUGACUCCUGCAGAUGUCUCAGACAGCACCAGUGAGGACGACAACUGUCCCCUUUCCACCUCCCUGGAACCAAAGUAUUUCUCCCAGAGCUUCCACCAGGAACAAGACGAUUCCGAUGAUGGCUGGAACCACUGCCCAGACAACCUGGAGCUUGAGUUUCAACAAGGUGCUGAUGCUACACAUGGUGUGGUGUAUCAGAAUGAAGAAGGGCAGUGGGUGACAGAUCUGGCGUAUUACUCCUCCUUUGAGAAGGAGGUUGAUGGGAAGACGUCAGAGAAUGUCAACCAGUUUCAGACAGAGGACUUUGUUCCUGCCUGUAAUGCUAUGGAAAAGAUAGCUAAGGAUCAAGAGGAAUUUGAAAAGGAGCACCAAUUCAUGCAGGAGGAGAAGAUUGAGCCAGCCUGCAGCAACAACACCUUUAACAGCGACUCCUCUUGGAAGGUCCCCACUACAAGCCACAUCCUGAUGAGGGCCUCCCAGGUCUCCUCAGAGUUUAACCAGGCAAACCAAAGUUACCUGCGUCUGACUUUCGGUCAAUUUUUUGGACAACGCUCUGAAGCCCUGGGCUGUCUGGGCAGCACUGAGGAUGUGGAUGGGGUCAAAAGGCCAUCCUUCGGUUACAUCAUUACCUCUCCAGAGAAAAGGGAGCCAUUUCCCCUUCUUGAUCCGUCAGAGUUCUCAGCAACAGACUCUCCUCACAAUGACACUGUGGAGCUCAGUGAAGCAGACAAAACACUCAACCCAGAGGACCUGGACAAAACUCUUGAGGCACCAGGUGAACGGAUAUCGCCAAAAGGUCAUCCUGAUCCAGAACCAUGUGAACAGGAGGACCAUACUGGUAGAGCUGCACUGCCAGACCACAGUGAGGCCUCUGGCUCUGAGUCAAGCUUAGGUAACCAAAGCUGUGCGUCCCCCAACAACAACAGCAGCAAUCUAAUGCUGAGUAUCAGCACAAUUGCUUCAGCCAUUGCUGAUGCGUCCAUCAGCACCAACCCAUCGCAGCUGGCUGCUAUGAUCAUGGAGCUGUCAAAGAGGAAUAGGACGAGGAAACGACCUGAGUCCACAGGACCUGUUGGUCCCACUGUUAACUGCACAGAGGAACCACACACAGUUGAACAUAUCCUCCCUGAGGCAGAUCAGAGCAUCAUACUGGACACACUGCAGAGAAGCGCUUGUGUCGGAGAGCUGAGUGCCUUCGACAUGGAGAAAUACCUGAAAAAGACUGAUGUGUCAGGCAGCACUGAUGCCUCUGUGGCACAAACUACCUUUGACCUUACCGGCUGGGCUGACAACCUCAGCAGCUCGCAGAGGAACCCUCAGGCAGGAUAUCCUGAGGAGCAGGCGAGCUUAGCCCAGCAAGCAGAUAGUGAGACUCUACAGAGGCCCACAAGGACAAAACCUGAGGAGAAAGACGGAGGAAGGGAGACAACUUUAAACACUAGCUCGUCUGCAAUGCCUCCUCCAAAUGCAUUAUCUUCUUGUCAUAAGAGUGACUCAAAAAGAAGCUCUAUUCCUCGUCCUCGUACAUCUUCAAGCUCUACCAGAAGAUCUGUGGGCUCAGGGCAGUCUUCCUCUCUCGCACCUCCUGCAGACAAAAUGUCAGCAUGUGAUAAGUCUCUCUCUUUUACUACAAACACUUGUGGUUCCCUGGGUAGGACCCUGACAGAAAAUGGAGUCAAGCCAGGAGAACAAGCAUCAGACAACUUAAGGUCGUCCUUAGAACCAUCACAGAGUGAUAAACGUUCCACUGCCUCACCCGGCUUUCCAAAAACCUCACCAGGCCUGAGAAAAGGGCAGUCAGGUCUGCCUUCUGCGCCACAGAGGGUGAAGAGUACAUGUCAGCAGCAGCAGCAGCAGCAGCAGGAUGGACAGAGUAACUCUCCAGAGAAGAAACCACCACCCAGGAAAAUCAUGACUACCCCGCUACCUCGAAGCUCUGUGGAGAAGCAUGUUGGCUUCUCUUCUCAAAACACCCAGACUUCACUAGACCCUGCAUCUGAACUGCUGAAGGGUUUUUCUGAACCUUGUGUGGAGGAGACGCAGUGUAACUUCAGACCGUCCACUUCUCCGCUUACUCACUCCUCUCCAAGUCAGACCUCCAUUCCCAGUGCUGAUGGAAUGGUGUCGCCUGUGUCGUCUAGUAGCGGUGUUGUUGACAAGCGUCCAGGUUUUGACCUCUCGCCUCAGUCUACCUGCUCCAGCCCGAGUCUCAGCAGGCUCACAUACAUCUCAAUGAAUGACUGCACUGUCGUACCUACUCCUGAGAGGCACAAGAAUAACUGUAGCAUGGCACUGAGCACCACCAUCGUCAGAAUCAGUCCAACUCCACCUGUGGAAGCAGAUACACAGUCUGACCUCAACAUUCUUGGCCUGGCCAAAAGCCUAGACCAGGUGCAACCACAGCAUUCAAAAAGUCUGGACCCACUACCAGCACAGCAGUGUAAAAGCCCGGAGCCCCCACGUAGUGCCUCUGGUCUGAGCUGUUCUCGCAGCCAAAGUGAGUGUAACUACCAUCACCCCGGAGACAGGACUGGUGAUGUUUCAGCAGGCUGCAGGAGCCACAAGCACCAAUCUGAGUCCAAUGUCCGGCAGCUCACUAAAGUCGACUCAGGCUACUGCAGUAAUGUGAACAUUCAGCAAACCAGCAGCACUGCAGCUCCUCAGAGCUCCCAGCAGUGGGGAGCUGCAAGCUCAGUGUCAUCGUCGAUGUAUGCUAAUAGCCUCAGCAUGCCUCCGUCCUACUCAUCAGAGGGGCUUCACUAUGUGCCCAUCCCCAGCUUUAAGCCCCAAUGUGCCGGCUUGAUUGACCUUCCGCACCAAGCAGAUAUGCAGUCCCUCCUCACUGGACGUUCUCUUUUCAACCCCCAUCUGGCUCAGCAGUAUUUGGCACCUGAAGCUCCAUUGCAUCCUGCUGCUUAUAAUGUAGGACCAACAGGAAACGGUCUGUUUGGUGUGUCCUCUACAGGCAUACCCAACAGUGAUCUCACAGUGAGACAUGUCCAUCCCACAUCAGGUCCUCUGGGAAUUUCUGGGUCGGCUGGGUGCCAUCACCUCCCUAGACCCCAUCAGGGCCAGCAGGACAUGGGGAUGAUGGGAAAGCCUUUCGGUCAAUAUGGUGCAGAGCCCCUGGUGGCAGGUGGUCUUGAGGAACUGAGAGGCCAAGUGGUGGUGCCGGAAGAACUGCGGUUUCCUCACACCUGCUGUGUGGGCAUCGCUUCACAGACCUCCCUCAGCCUCUUCAACCCCUCUGAGAGAUGGCAGCAAGUGUCAAUCACUGUCACCAGCCUGGCCAUUGAUGGAGAGAAGGUGGAUUGCUUGCCGUACCAGUGGCUCAUAGUGAAAAACAAGACAAUCAUUGCCCCCAAGAGUACAGAGGAGCAGAAGGUGUUGUUCAUCCCUCCACAGGCUGGUGUCUACCAGUGUGUCUUCAGCGUUUGCUCCUGGCCUGCAUCUGCAGAGACAGAGGUUGCUGCUAGAGCUAACAUCUUUGCUAAAAGGGUGGUGCUGGUUGCCAUAGCAGAGAAUCCUGCACUAGAGGUUGAAGUAAGCAAAUCUGGCUGUCUUGAUUUUGGAGACCUUCCAGCAGGUAGUGCCAAAUCUCUUCCUCUCAAACUGCUCAACAGGACUCAUGCUACAGUGCCCAUCCGUCUGGUCAUCAGCGCAAAUGCUACAGCAUGGCGAUGCUUCACCUUUUCCAAGCAUCCUACCAUUACAUCUGAGGCCACACAGCAGGCUGGACACAUGGCACCAGUGUCCUCUCCCUCAGUGAUGAAUCAUGUGAUGCAUGCUAGCUACGGAGAGAAUCCACAAGGUUUCAUGGUCUGGGUUAAUUUCAAGGCCCCAGAGAAGUACACAGUCUCUUCAGGAGAGCUUGGUCCAGCUGAUGAGUACAAUGCUCGGGUGGACAUUGAAGUGGACUCACCGGGUCCUAGUCAUGUGAUCAGGAGUAUACCCCUCAGGGCCAGGUCGGGAACUGCAAGGGUACAUGCUCCUAAAGACUUGCAGACUGUCAGCCUGUCUGCUCCGCUGGGUAAAUCCAGUCAACAGAUGCUGCCAUUAAAGAAUGCAGGAAACAUUGAUGUGCAGCUAAAACUCAAGAUCAGUGAUGCCGAGGAAAGUUUCUCUGUGACACCUGAUGAACUGCUUCUGAGAAUAGGAGAGGAGCAAGGCAUCGAGGUCUCCUUCAAAGCACAGGGCAGCAGGAAAUACCGAGAAAGCCUUCUCACCAUCUUGGUGCUGCCAUCAGGGCCUCAGUAUGAGGUAACCCUGAAAGGAGAAGUUGUCCCAGAGGACUCUGGGAAACCUGCCAUUCCCUCCGCUGCUGUCUUUGGUCCUGGUGUGGCCAGUGAUGUUCCACCGAUCCUCUCUAAUAAACAGUUCGUGGCCUGGGGAGGGGUCACUCUGGGACGAGCUGUCCAACAGAAGCUGGUUCUAAGAAACAACUCCACCACCACCACACAGCAGCUACGGCUGCUUAUUCGUGGUCAAGACCAGGACUGUUUUCAGCUCCAGAGUAUGUUCAGUCCUGAAGAGCGUUUAACCCGACAUGGGGAGCUGUCCAUUCGUCCCAAAGAGGAUGUGACCGUCCACCUGCUCUUUGCUCCCACCAGGGUGGCUUGCAUGUUGGCCAAGCUGGAGAUCAAACAGUCCGGAGUGCGGCCUUCGCAGCCAGGGAUCAAAUUCACUAUUCCUCUGUCGGGCUACGGCGGGACGAGCAACAUCAUCCUGGAGGACCAGAGAAAGCAGGCGGACGGCUAUGUGGCAGCACUGACUGACAUAGCUGUCGGUCGUGUUAGCAAAGUGUGUCUGUGCGUGAGGAACACUGGCUCCAGAGCAGCUUUCAUCAAAGCCGUGGCCUUUGCUGAUGUGCAGACACGAUCAGUUUUGGAGCCCUCUGUCAUCAGCCUCGCCCCGUCACAGUUUGUACUCAAGGAGAGGACACAAGAGGUUAUCACUGUGCUGAUGAAGUCCACCCAAAGAGAACAGGCCUUGUGUCAGUCAGACAAUGCACUGCUGGCCACUGUCUGUCUAUUUUGUGGAGAUGAAGUCUCUAGGCAGCAGUAUAGGAGAUUGCUUCAGAGCAAACCAGAGGCUGUGCGCAAAGCUCUGUCUGAAAACAGUCUGCUGAAAAACAUCAACUUCAAUGAGAAGUUCCUGGGAGAAGAAAUUGUUACAGAACCUUACGAUCUGCCCCAACGGCCAAAUGAAGCUCAAAUCUUCUAUGGAAACAUGAGUAAGGUGGUGGUGUCAUUGCUGGGAAGUACAAAGAGCACAGACUAUGAGCAGAGUGACCACAUGGAGCUGCUGCUGCCCUCUGCAAGACACACUUCAGAGACAGAAAGUGGUCUGGCAAACGGUAAUGUGUCUCUGGACGUACUGCCGGUGAAAGGUCCCCAAGGUCCAGCACUGAGAGUAACGGAGCCCUCUUUAAAGGCGUCAGAGCCAUUACACAGACAGUCUGAGUCCUGGAGCAUCCAUCCAGAACAACUUGUCCUUGCAGCCCCCACCAUCAAUGGUGCCGCCGCCACCAGUCAGGUUCAGAUCCGGAACAACACAUCCAGAGAGCUGAGCUUUGACUUGUCGUGGCCCGCUCACUGCCUCACCAUCACCCCUCAGCAUGGCGUUAUCGAACCUCAGUGCCACCUACAGAUUUUGAUCAGCCCCAACCCUUCACUAGCGACUAAAUCUACCCUGCUGCCAUGGAGUGGACAGAUUUAUGUCCAGUGUGACAGUCAACAGAAGUUUAUUAAGGUCCAGAUUCGAGGGGACUUGGCUCUGGAUGUGUCCGCAGCCCCAGCAGACUCGACUCUGUCAGCCCUGCCUCCUCAGGCUGCCACCCCAGUGCUGCCUGUGGCCAGGCUCACCGCCAGGCCUUCGCUAUCCCUGCAGACCCAGCAAGCACCUCAAGCUCUGUUGGAGAUCAGCAACAAGACCAUCAUGUUCCCUAUCACUCCAUCAGGGGAAACAUCAGAGGCCCAGCUGGAGGUGCAGAAUGGGGAAGUGGAAGUGAGGUGGUACCUGUCAUCAUUUGCUCCUCCAUAUGUCAAGGGGGUUGACAACACUGGAGAUGUUUACCGGGCCACUUACACUGCGUUUAGAUGUGCCAGGGUCUCGGGCACUCUGGGAGCCCAGGAGAAGAUGCAGGUGCCUAUUACUUUCCUGCCCAGGGACAGAGGAGACUAUGCCCAGUUUUGGGACUUGGAGUGCCACCCAGUGUCUGAGCCCCAGCACAAAACCAGAAUCCGCUUCCAACUCUGUGGCACUGGCAUUACAUCUGGACCAGUAGAAGGAACACAGGAAGGAGACUGCUCUCUGGUGAAGACAGAGGCCACAGUCAAAACCAGGAAGAGAGCUGAUGCCUCAGCAGGCAAAACCAGUCAGGAGGAGGCUGUGUGGAGGGGAGUGUAUUCUCCUCAGGAUCUCUACACCUUCCCAGACACUCGAGUGGGCGAGUCCAGCACUCUGAAGGUCAACAUCCGCAACAACUCAUCCAGCACGCAUGAGCUGAAAUUUGUAAACCCUAUGGAGCCCUUCCACAUCAAGCAUUCCAAAUAUUCCCUGAGAUCCCAGCACUAUCUGAAGCUACCCGUCCAGUUCAAGCCCAGUACUGCAGGCAGACACGCUGGCUUGCUGCUCAUCCAGUCAGAAACAAGUGGAAGUCUUGUUAUUCAGCUGACCGGUGAGGCAUUGCCUUGAAUCUACCAUCCUACGCCACCUCCUCAUGCUGGCUGGCUGGCUUUGGGUGGAUGCUCUUCCCUGUAACUGUUCGUCACGGGACAGACGAGAGGAGCAGAGACGAGAAGGCAAAAAUGCUACAAAUCAAAUAAAAGCAACCGCAGACUUAAAUCCUUCCUCGUCAUCAUAUAAUUAGAGACAUGUAGCUGAUUAAGUGGAGACGAGUGAGACUUUACAGCCAACACAGCCGCGUCUGCCUCUGGAUGUGGCACAGGUGUCCUCAGCUGGCCCAUGAAAAAAUGAUUGUGCUUGUUUGUGCCUGAAGCAGAAUGAUUUGGUCUGACAGGCUCACAAUUAGUCUGCAGCACUCUGACAUUUCACAGAGCUAAUGAUUUUUGUCACUUCACUCUGGAUCUGGUAUUUGCCUUAUCCCUGAGUCAUGUCACAAGGCAGCAUUGUUGUUGCCAUGGCCCCUGUCAGACAGUACCAGUCCGAGGGAUACGGUUGGGAUUACUUUGAGUCGGUCACACGGGAAUGCCAUUGUGUCUUGUUCGGUAACAUGGCUGUGGGGAUUUUUUUUUUUAUUGUUUUUGGAAAAGUCAAACCAUGUUUUGUUUUGUUUUUUUGCCAUGUUACACAUUAAGAAUCUAAAAAUGAGGGCAUUGUUUUGUCUCAAACCAGAUGUCUUUUAGAUUGUGAUUGUAACAAGACUACAGGAGAUUUAAUGUAAUUGCUCAGAAAUUUUGAAGUUGGGUACUUAUUCAUAGACAGUACAUUACAUAUAGUAGACGUCAGUCAGCGUGCCCGCAAUUUGGAAAGGCAAGCAGUCAGCAACAAAAUGGAUCUAAAAAAGCCACCUAAAAAAAGCAAAUACUAGUUUUUAGGCCUCACCGGAAUAUCAGAGCAAUUUUCAAAGGGAAAAUGAAGCCAUUAUAUCACUCUCUUCAAAGCCAGACUCCACUGAGAAAAACAGUAUUUUAACAUCGCUGAAAACAGGAGCUGCUGAUCUGCCGCUGUCUCAGUUAGUUAGUUUGUGCAAUCUUGAGAUUUUGGCGUUGAAAAUGGUUCAUUUGGAAUCGCUAAAGUCACAGAAUAACAAACCAACUAACUGAUAGAGGCAGCGGUAGACCAGAAGGUCCUGUGUUCAGCAGGUUAAAAUGACUUUUUUCCAGUGGAGUCUGGUGUUUUUUUUAAAACCUUUUUGUAUGAGAAUAACAUAGCGAUAAGAUAAUAGAAAACAACUUGUUUUAGGAUUUGUCAUAGAAUAACUAUAUAAUUACUAACCUAUUCCCCCAUCCCCCUAAUUAUGGUGCAUCUCAGCCUUUAGGAAAAUAAUAAUAAUGAUGAUAAAAAUAACAAAAACAAUGAAGUCUGGUGGCUUUUAUGACAGCAUGGAUGGGGAAGUGAGGCCAUAAAGUACUUCACCAUCAGAAUGGGCUGUUUGAUGGAAUAGUAAAGUAGAAAAUAUUCUAAAUUACAUUUACACUGAUAUUUUUUUUUAUUUUUUUUUGGAGAUGGGAAUUUUUUAUGCAGCUACAAUAAGUUUUGUUGCUGACCCCAAUCCUCAGCAGUGCAUUACUGAUUUUUAGUAUUAAGAUUCCAGCCUGCUUCUCCAAACUGGGGGAUGUGCUGACUGACAUGUGAUACACCGACUAUGGCAAAGUACCUCAUACAACUCCACUACAAAAAAUCCAAACGUAUCUCAUUUUCAAAUUUAAGUCUACAUUUCAUAAAAUUUUCCUCGUCUUCUGUGCUGGUGUGGUUUCUAUGGAAAUGGCUCAUCAUCGUGCAGAGCCCACCUGCACAGCGGUCUUUGUCAUCACCACGUGUCGACUUCCCAGCAACCUCCGAGACUCGUUCCAAACGGUCCAGAUGUACUUAAUUUAGUCAUGAUCAGUGCAGCUCACAGCAACAUUAGGAUGCUUAAUGAUUGUUAUUACAUGCUAAAAGAGUUUCCUCUGGUGGGGCUUUUGUUCGGCAGCUUGCCAGGCCUGCUUAGUAUGGUUACCAUGGCAAAACCAGUGUUAAUCACCGCUCCCAGUCACAGAAAAUUAGCUCCCCUUUUCCUCUUUUGGCUCUGGGGCAAAUGGCCAAAAAUUGCUUUGGGGUGGGGGGUAUUGGAUUCACAUUGGUAAUCUGUUUUGGGACUGGAAUGGCAUGGGAGGGAAAUGAAUGUAAGCUUCAUCAAGGAUGCAUUGUUAACCUGUUAGAUGCCACACAUUGUGUCAACACUUUUGGAAAUGAGAAACACUAGAAAUGAGCAUUAUUUCCUGCCAGUAGAGCGAGUUUUAAUAUGAAGGCAGUAUGUUGUCACGGGCUGCUUUUAACAUGCCCAGACCGCUAUUCUGACAGAUUUUGUUUUACAAUUUGCACAUGCUUUAAAUAGUAUAUAAUGUAAUAUAUUGUUUGUACACAUUCUGAAUAAAGUUUUGUGAUAAAUA